GACAACCAUCACACCGCCGCCGCAUGCCGCAUACCGUACCUCGUACCGUACCGUACCGUACCGUAGGGCUUCAGCCGGUGGCAUGGGUUUUGUUUCACAUCAACGAAACAAAACCAAAACCAAUACCAAUAGCGACAGCGACGGCGACAACACAAGCAGCGACACAAGCAAGGCUUGCCCCGGAGCAAAGCGGCGAAACACAACAAACAAAAAUAGCCCAAACCCAAUGGCCAUCAAGGGGAUCAUCCGUCCGCCUCCGGACAUCCGGGUCGUCGCGGAUCGAACGGCCAUGUUCGUGGCCAAGAACGGCCGGGCCUUCGAAUCCAGGAUCCUGAACAGCGCCAAGGGCAAGACGCCCAAGUUUGCCUUUCUGCAGACCACCUCGCCCUUUCACGCUUACUACGAGGACCGGAUCCGCCACUUCGAGGAGGGCGGAGGGGCGGAGACCGACGACAAGAAGAAGAAAGAGGGGGAAUCGAGCGGGGAAGCCAAGCCGCAAGCCUCCACCGGGGCGGAGGCUUCCGGCAAGACCAAUGCCGGUGCCGGUGCUUCCGAGCAGCAAACAACCCAGCCAAAGGACAAGGUCACGAAACAAAAAGCGAGUGUCAUGGACCCCGUGGCGAGGGCGAUACUGAGGCAGCGAUCGGUGAUUACGAACCACCUCAAGAAGGAACGGGAAAAGCGAAAAACAACGGCAGCCGAAACCGAUGGCGGCGGCGCGGAUGCUGAUUCGAAUUCGAAUUCGAAUCCAAACGCCGAUCCCUCGGGCAGCAACCACAGCGGCCCGCUGCCCCUCCCCGCUCCCCCGAAACCCCUCGACGCGGUCAAGGUGGUGGCGCCCUACCACCUGACCCCGACGCAGAUCGAAACGAUCCAGCUGGUGGCGCAGUUCGUGGCGAUGGACGGCAAGGGUGGGCCCUUCCUGCCGGCCCUGGUCAACAGKGAGUGGGCCAACCCGGCCUUUGCCUUUUGCCAGCCCCGCAACGUGCACUUUGCCUACUUUUCGGCACUGGUCGAUGCCUACCGGGUCAUUCUCUCCGAGUACACGGCCGCCGCGGAAGGGAAACCCAAGCCGGACACCAACGAAUCCCCCCCCGGGCCAACGGCCCCAAACGGAGGCAGCACGCCGGAAGACGUCCUCAACGAUGCGGCCUACCGGACCGAAUACGAGCGCGAGCUCGAGCGGCGGCGACAGAAGCAACAAGAAAACCCGGGCGCAAUGGAAGACGGGGAAAUCGCCAACGCCAUCGACUGGCACGACUUUGUGGUGGUGGAAACCAUCGACUUUCCGAUCGGCGAAGACGUCGACGCGGGCCUGUCCAUGCUCCCGGCGACCACGGGCACGACCACCGUGGGUCCGCUUUCGGCCCGCGCCGCCGAGGCCCCCGGGGGCGGGAACGACAUGGAGGAAUCCUCGGACGAGGACGACGAGGAGGGCAACAUCCGGGUCGUUCCGUCGUACACGCCGCGGGUGGUGGGGGCCUUCGACCCCUCCACCGCGAGGGCCGUCGACCCGCUCACCGGGAAGAGCGUCUCCGUCGCCGACAUGCCGGAGCACAUGCGCAUCCAGCUCCUCGACCCCAAGUGGGCGGAGGAACGCAAAAAGUUCCGGGACAAGCAAAAGGACAGCAACCUGGUGGGGGGGGACGCGGUGGUGGCCAACAUUGCCCGGCUCGCGGCCCGGGAGCAGGGAGCCGCCGCGGCAGCGGUCGCACCCCUUCCGGCCGCCGGCCCCCACCGGCAGGGCGUGGCACCGGCGGCGUCCGCCAUCGGGCCCGCGUCGGCGGGGAGGCCGGAGCCGCCCGCGGGGACAACUCCUUCCAAGCGCUUCCACGCCGCUCCCGCGGGCCACGGCGCGGAACCGCCGCCCCCGAAGCGGCCGCGGGCCGUGGAGCUUCCGCAACAGCACAAGGUCACCGUGGCUCCCCCGUUGGUGACCCGGGCGCCUCCCGUCCUUCCCACGGACCAACAAGCGACGGGAGCGACCAUGGCUCCGUCGCUGUCGGCGGCAGCGCCACCCGCCGCCGAUGCUGCGAACCCUUCCGGCACGGAUCCGCCUCCACCCCCGGCGAAGGAACAAAAACUCCUCCCGGCGGACGAGUUCAUCGCCACGCUGGCCGGGCCAAAAGUGGAGCUACAGAUCCGUGUCCCCAACGACUCUGCCCAGCAGAACUGGAACUUUUUCGGACAGACGCUCACCCUCGAGGGCAUCGACGUGACCUCCAUCGUCAAGGACGUCAAGGCGGUCCUGUCCAAGACCCACCUAAACGGGAUGCCCCCCAACAAAAUCCAGCUGAAAUCGGUCGGCGGGGCCGGGAAGUUUCUCAACAACAACACGAGCCUCGCGGCGCUGAACAUCGGCCCAACCGCGCUGCUGGAACUCAAGACGAAGCUGCGCGGGGGGGGAAGAAAGUGAUGGGCGCAAAACGAAACGUUGUCGAUUCGAAUCAAACCG